UUAGAGAUGCUUUUGGAAUAUGCUCCAUUCGAAGUCUACGUUCUUUGUCCAUUUAGAUGAAUGAGAUGUUACCUCGCCAAGGUAGUUUCGCUCUUCACCUUGUUCCACGGCUUGAUAAUUCGUAUCACCUUUGGGCACUUGGAAGAUGGUGUUACUGAGUGGUUCUUUCAUGGAAGAGGUUUCAAAGGUAAAGUUGAAAUUGCUGGUCUCUGUCGUGUCCGGACCGGUGGCCGUGUCCUGGUGCUCUUCGACUAACAUGGUGAACUCGGGCUGUCACGGAUCAAGCUUUCAUGGCCUUUACUUCACUUCUGGUGCGAAUUUGAGGGUGAAUACACAACGGGAAAUCAGUACAAUCUACUGCUUUUCUAAUCCCGCGAGAUUUAGAAAAGGAGAGAGAAAUGGGUAGAAGAGAGAAUGAUGGCAAUCGCCGGUCAAGCGGGGCUAACGAGUUGAGUAAGGC